AUGUGCUUUGAGAAAUCGUAUGCGGUGGAUUUUACUGUUCAACAUCCGGAUAUCUAUGAGAUUAACAAACUAAGUGUUUNUUAUAGAAAAACACAACAACAUUUACCCGUGUGUCACUUGUCUCCUCUUACUCGCAUAACAGCCAUCAUGCAUUCGUUACCCGUUCACUUCUUCAGCUCAUGCAGUCUCUUGCUUCUCCUCGCUUGUGCUUCAAACGCUGCUCCACUCACGCUCAGACCCAAUCACGUUCAGACCGCUGCAACCAAAAUUGGCAAUACUCAGUUCAUCAGUGUUACUGUGCCAAUCAACGGUUUCGAAAUACAGAUCUCCACCCAUGAUGCAGCUGCACCAACUUCCGUGGUCAGUGUGCCAAUGGCAGAAACACUCUCUUCACAGGUUCGUGUUUCGACAGUUACAAUAGAUGAGCCAGAAGCUGUACCUGAUGAUAAUGGUGCAUGGUUUGCUCAAGUCAAUCCUCAACUACAUUCAAAACUUCGUCUUCCCACCACCACGUCAUCCAAUCGUCAGGUCGAUUCUUCUGUCAACACUCAACUCGAAGCUCAUCGCAGUUCACAAACACAUUCGUCACCGAACUUUCGGGUUCAUUCUCCAAAUCGCUUCACUGUCAAUGAAGCUAUACCUCAUGUAUUCGUCUCUUCACCUGCUCCUCAAGUCCAAAGCAAACCUUCAAACAGCAAUGGAUGUGAAACACAAGUUGGUUCAAAUGGUGAAAAAACGAUCAGCAUGGCUAAUGGAAAUGUGAACAUUGUUGGUCAAAGUUUGUCAUGCAGCUAA